GAAAGGCAGAUUCACUGUUUCCUUCCCGUCGUCCCCUUUGUGUGUUCGUUGGAUGUUUGUUCGUACGGAAUGGAACCUUUAUCGCCUCUUCCAAUUACCUUUCUUCACCCACAUGAUUUCAUCAAUCUUGGUCGUUUCUACUCUCUUUGUACGGUAGAUGGUCAAUGUCGGUUCAAACACAAAACCCACGGAAUCUCGCAACAACAGCCCGAUUCGUGAACCCUGAAAUUGGCUGUCCCACGAGAAUUUGUGCUCCAAGACACCUUAAACUUGUUACAGCACCGACCAUGCCCCGGGCCCAUGACUCUUCUCGGAUGCGGAUGCGAGUUCUAGAAAAGCCGCUACCCGCGACGCCGCCGGCCGCCCACCCACACACCCUUCAUUCAGCCCAGCCACUUUUACCACUCACUGGAAAGCUAGAAAGCGGUGAGGGAACUUUACAGCCACACGUCAAACGGCCGUGUAGGACGGGCAGGAAGGUGAGACGCCAGCUUCAAGGCGCGUGAGCUCUUAUUGGCCUGCAAAGAGAGAAACUGGCCGCCGUUUGAAGCGGCAUGGAAAAUAGCUAGCCAGGGUUGAAAACGCGCCAGUAGCCUUCUUAUCCUGCUCUCCGUCUUCACCCUUAGCCUUCAAAGACU